CACGUGACCUCACAGCUGAUUUCGUUGGAUGAAGUGUUUUGCUUUGACGUUCAUCAUUUUAUGUAGCCAUUUCUGGCUAGCAACGCUGGAGAGCAGCACGGCCAUCAUCGUCAACUGUUCAAAGGUACCAUGGCACAGGCAGCGCAGGCAAAUCCCUUCGACACGACCAACUCACAGAUCCAGGUGGAACACGAUAAAAAGCGUCGGCAGUUUGUUAUACGACUAAAUGGAUCUCACGAUCGGGCAGUUCUUCUGUAUGAAUACAUUGGGAAGAAGACAGUGGACUUGCAACACACUGAAGUUCCAGAUGCUUACAGAGGGAGAGGAAUAGCCAAGCAUCUAGCCAAGGCAGCCAUGGAUUUUGUGGUGGAAGAGGAUCUGAAAGCCCACUUGACCUGCUGGUACAUUCAGAAAUUCGUCAAAGAGAAUCCUCAGCCUCAGUACUUUGAACAUAUUUAUCAAUGACCCUACAUGGUGCUCUGACAGGAGAAAGAGACUCCCAGGGGAUAUGGGGAUGUAUACCGUCUGACCGCAUGCUUUGGAGUUACAGGCUGACAUACAACAAAGGGCCUUCCAGAGAUUGUUAAACAUGACAUUGAGCGACUCCAUAGAUAACUGAACUCGUAGCAAAGACGUCUACAAGCUGAACGUUUGACGGAUCAGUUAUGUCCAUGAUAUCCAGGGUAGACGCUCACAGGAAACAGGAAGUGAAUCAGCUGGUCACUACUUGUAAAACUAUGAGCAAAUGAACUAACCAAAGCUGAAGCCUGUUACCUCAGACAGAAGCCUUCAGGAUGUGCACCUAUCACUGACACUGACAUGUGAGUCAGAUCUUAUGUUGCAAAUUUUCUGUCCGCCUUCGGACUCUUCACUGGUUGUGAGCAGCUCUACAAGAUGACCAACCCAGACGUCUUUCUCCAUGAUGGUUUGGAUGGAAGCAUUGAUGUCUUCACUAAUGCUCAUACUGUGAUGACUUUUAUAUAUCGACCCCAUUUUGAUAUACUAUAGCUUUGUUUUUGUCUUUUUUUUUUUUCAAUUUCCUUUCCACUACUCCAUUAAAAAAAUGUGUUUCCAGGGCAGAAAUGGUCAUUUAGUGGAUUGUGAAAGCUAAAUGCAUCGUAGAACUCCAAGCCUCUGGAAAAGGGUUUUUCUAGCUAUAGGCAUAAAUUAAGUACAUUAAGGGUCAUUUUUUGUAUUCUGAAGGCUGUUAUAUUUCCUGAACUCUCAGUUUGGUUCCAAUGUUACUGUAUCCACUGCUGUUCUUCCCAGUAACAGAAAUCUACUGUCCAUUAUUGGAGAUAUAAAUUGAGUAGCCAAAAGAAAUGCAGGGACUUUUAAACCAAAGAACAACAAAGUGACAAUGUCUGACUCUGGAGGUGCAAUCCUGAACAAGCCUCAAGACAAAACCCAUCAUUUUCUCCUUUGGGUGUGUUAAAUGCUACACACGCACGUGAUUAAUUGGGUCGUAAGCUUGUCACUGUGUAGUAUAACAGCUCGGUCUGGAUGUGGAUAAAUAUCUCCAUAUAAACCAGCAAACUGCACUGCUAUAUUCAGGGCAUUUAUUAUGUACUUUGGCAUCUACAGUCCUCUGUCCUGUCAUUUGGGAAAAUGAUACUGGAUGGCUGAAGCUCAAGUAUCUUACCCACAGGGCUUCUUUUGCCAGCUGAUGUCAAAAUGAUAAACGUCAUCGUAGAUCUUUUACUGAAAAAAAGGUGUACUGUCAUUUUCCUUUUUUUUCUUUUUUUUUGGCUGUCUGGGAGCUUUUGCUGUUGACAAUCUUAAGUGUUGAGGAGAAAAAUACCUCAGGUUACUCAACACACUCUGGCAGGACACACAAUACAAGGCUGACGGUCUGUCUUCUCUGUCACCAAGAGGUAAUUGUAGGAAACCACUUCACCCUUAUAAAAAUUUCCUUUAGGUGACACACACACCUGUCAAUAGGCCAAGGUGUUACUUCAUUUUUUUGUGUUUAUGUUUAUAUUUGUGUGUUUCUGGAAAGAGAUUUCGGAACAUGUGGCUCUUCAAAUUCAUCAAAAUGUACCAAUUCUUAUUUUAUUAGUACUUUUUUGCCUGAGACUUUUUUCCAUUCUUGUUUCUAUGAAUAAAUAAAUCAAGUACUCGUCA